AACCGCCACCCUACACGGCUUCCCGCGGCGGAACAGAAAGAAGCGGUAAAGUCUUGUUAACUGCGGCUGCGGCAUAGCCAACCGCCCUCGCGGGCGGCGGCGUACGUACCCCAGGUCCGUCUAUCGAUCCUUCUCGACGUUACCAUCCUCCUCACCGCCCAGGCACCCACCCCCACGUUUACAGCCGGCAUUCACCGUCCGACACAAUACCAGAACAACAUUAACAACACUCCACAGCGCUCGUAACUCUUGACGCCCGCGUUAACUAAACAAAGCCACACCGGAGCAACACAACUAAACUGCAGCGGGAUGAAUGCCGGCAUUGUGGCGGGCAAUAAUGCUAACACAGCCAGCAGCCCGGCAAUAUCCGGCUGCAGGCAACUAGGGCAUUUCCUGUACAUCCACAUCGUAUAAUAUUCCAAAUGACAAGUCCCGUAUAUCGCUGUCUGCGCCGGUUAUAACGGCACCCGUUCGUUGGCUGUACGUGGCCGGAUACAGCGCACAUCAGCUGAUGUCUCUCCGGGAAUUGCUGUGCUCCCCUUUCGCGCACAUCACGCACACUGUACACCGUAGUAAAAUUGUUAACUUGUACGUACCGGUGCAGUAAAUCCGUCCCGCGAGCGCUGCGCUCGUUGCUGCUGCCGGCGGGAUGGAUGGGAUAGAUAUGGGCUGGAAUGCCGUUUAAGAGCGGCAAAUUGCCGGCUAACGUCCGCGCAGCCGUUGGCUGUACUUAAGCGCGUUGCACGCCGGCUGUACAGUGUACAUACAGGAUACAACGAGUACCAUUUGGCCGUACAAAUAUUCCACGCAACGUACAAAUACGCCGAGUGAUUUUUGUAUAAUGGUAUCGGAGCAGAAAACGAGACGGAGGAAGGGAAGGCAACGGGAUGAUGAUGAUCAUCAGCCAUCACCGCCAGUUGACAUUUAUGCAGGCCCGCGUUAACAACUCCAAUAUUCAUCGGCCGUAAUCUGCGCUGUAUCACUGCGCUACACCGGCUCAUCUUCUCCAUUCAACACACGUCCCUAAUUACAUGUAUUUUCCCGGACAACAUUUCCGCGGGAUGAGCGCAUAUCUAUCUGUGUAUUAGCGCUGACGCUAACCCAUCAUUUCUCCGUUUUUGCUGCUGUAUAAUUGUAUCAAUAUUUUAUAACGGCGCGUGGGAAUGCCAGCAGCCUGCAUAAUGCAGUGACCGGCAAGUGCUUCCCUGCUCACCGGCAACUCUAUCCCAGUCCACUUCCGGUCAAAUUUCUGGAUGUGCCGUCGGGCGUGAUCGUUGGAUGUUAGCGUGAACGUUAGUGGAAGGCAUCCGUAAUUCAAUUGCCGCCUGACUGAACUGCGCUGUGCCGUUCACUCCAUCAGGAUUCGACUGCGCAGCGUAUAUCGGUUUAACCCACAUUUUGCCGGCCAGCUGCAGCGCGCGUCCCGGAUCGGCCACUGGAUUUCUGAGUCGACCAACCACUUGUUCUUCGGCGCCGACGAGGCCGUCUCCGAGCCACCGGAAAUGCUCAACAUUCGCACACCGAGGGCGCGCAGUGAGCCGUCGCCGCGGCCGAUGCUGCGCAACCGGCAGACGUCGGUGGCCGGCGAGUCGCAGCAGACCAACGGCUACGGCAGCCAGAGCACCGUCGGCUCCAACAGCGCCGCCGGCAGCGCCCUCCCCGCGGGCCGCGGCUCCUCGGCGGCCGCCAGCCGCGAGCGCAGCGCCGAGGAUGUCGGCGAGAUCCACUUCUCCAUGAAGUACGAUUUCCAGCAGAACACCUUCGUCGUCCGCGUCAUAGAGGCCAAACGCUUGCCGGCCAAAGACUUCUCCGGAUUCUCAGAUCCGUACUGCGUGGUAUCGUUGUUGCCGAAAGACAAGUACAAACUGCAGACGAAGAUAAAGAAGCGCACCCUGAAUCCGCGCUGGAACGAGUCCUUUCUCUUUGAAGACUUCCCGAUCGAGAAGCUGAAGACGCGGACGCUGCACCUGCACGUCUUCGACUACGACCGCUUCAGCCGCGACGACCCCAUCGGCGAGCUCUUCAUCCCGCUGCAGGACCUGGACUUCACGCAGAACUACGACGUCUGGAAGCCCCUCCUCCCGCCCAAAUCCGAGACCAAAAACAAGUACGGCGAGAUCCUGCUGUCGCUCAAGUACAACGUCACCGCCGGCGAGCUCGGCGUCAACGUCAUCAAGUGCAAGGAGCUGCGCAUACAGGACAUCGCCACGCACUCCAGCGAUCCGUACGUGAAGAUCUGGCUGAUGUUCGGCGGGAAGAAGAUGGAGAAGAAGAAGACGCAGAUCCACAUGCGGGAUUUAAACCCGGUCUUCAACGAGUCUUUCACCUUCAGCGUGCCCAUGGACAAGAUCCGCGAGGCCGCCCUCCUCGUCACCGUCAUGGACUACGACAAGAUCGGGCGCAACGACCUGAUCGGGCGCGUCACCCUGAGCAGCCGCAGCGACCCGGCCUCGGUGGCCCACUGGAACGCCAUGCUGCAGUACCCCAAGGAGGCCGUCUCGCAGUGGCACGUCCUCAAGGACGAGAUAUGAUCUACGCUUGCUCGUCGUCGGACGCCGUGCAGUGAUGGCCGGCAGACGGGAAAUGCCGGGCACUCGUUGACGUUGAUUUGGCACUGGCCACCGCUCAACCUCCGAUGCAUCGAUCCAGCCGCUUCACAGAUUCUCUAGUAUACAUAUAAUGCCGUCGAAUUCCUAAUUAACGUUGUCCUGCAAGCACAAAGCACGAUGCCGAAUGCCGAUCGACUGGCCGAUGCACGCCAAACUGCACCAAAUAUCUAACGCAGCUUACAAUUGUUAAGACGUAUAACUUUGUACAGGGAAGCAAAGAUGUGCUGCACACCGGCGCUGCCGGUUGCAGUUGGGUGGGUGCCAGCAUAAUGCAGAUUGUCUGGUAUUUUUCCACGGCACAGUAUUCUAUUCUAUGGACGAUUUUUCUGGCUGAUUAUUAACACGUCAACGUAUCGCCGGCCUUGUGUGUAGCCCAGCAAGCGGGAUUAUAAACUGCUGUUUAUUACAAG